AUGUCCAGCGAUGCAGCAAAGGACGAGAAGCCCAACCUGGGGUCUGGAAGUCCAUCAAGCCAUGAAUCGGAUGAAUCUCCCCAAGAUCUAGAAAAGGGUCACGAGCCAGAACAGCCCCAGGCCACGAAUGCAACACCCGAGGAAGACCCGUUUCUGGUCAAAUGGGAGGAUAGCGAGACAGGCAACCCGCGCAACUGGAAGCCUCUGUAUAAGGCAUUUCUUACCUUCCAACUCGGCAUGCUGGCAUUGUGUGGUUCUCUUGGAUCAUCCAUUAUCGCCCCAGCGGAGAAUGCCAUAUCCCAGGAAUUUGGUGUGAGCAGAGAAGUCACCGUACUCUGUGUUGCGCUCUAUGUCCUCGGCUUUGCUUGCGGGCCUUGUCUUUGGGCUCCCAUCAGCGAGGUAUACGGCCGCAAGGUCAGUAUCCUGCCAGCUGUAUUCGUUCUCUGCCUCUUCAGCAUCGGCAGCGCUACCUCGCAGUCUGCUGCAAGCCUCUUCAUCACGAGGUUCUUCGCUGGAGUUUUUGGAUCCGCGCCUAUCAGCAACGUAUCAGCAGCGCUGGGAGACCUGUACGAGCCGGCGGCGCGAGGCAUUGCUGUCACGUUCUAUGCGGUCUGUGUCUGCGGAGGUCCGACUUUGGGCCCCGUGAUAGGAGCGGCGUUGACGGUGAAUCAGAAUCUCGGAUGGAGAUGGACCGAGUAUAUCGAGGCAAUCUGGGUGGCCACCAUGUUCGCCUUCGCUCUGUUCACCAUGCCUGAGGUCUUCCCAGGAGUACUUCUCAAGCGCAAAGCCGCUCGCUUGAGGAAAGAGACCGGCGACGAUCGAUACUGGCAUCCUCACGAGAAGGAGAAGAUUUCGCCUUCGAACAUCGCGACCAAAUACCUCAUUCGACCUCUUCGCAUGUUGGUGACUGAGCCUAUGAUCACCGCGAUCGCGAUAUACGCUUCCUUCGUCUAUGGUCUGUUAUACAUGACACUUGAGAUAUUCCCAAUCGUCUACGCCGAGGAGCGGCAGUGGGGCCUGGUUUCGUCAAGCCUGCCUUUCCUUGGACUUCUUGUUGGUGUAAUAGGAUCGAUGGGAAUCAAUAUCGGGAACCAGCCAUAUUACAUCCGCAAAGUUGCUGCAAACAAAGGACGAGCGGUACCAGAAGCACGCUUACCUCCGAUGGUCCUUGGGGGCUGGAUGUUCGUGAUCGGGUUGUUCUGGUUCGGCUGGACAGCCACUCCAGACAUCCAUUGGGCUGUUCCAACGGUAGCCACUGCAUUCAUCGGCGGUGGCUUCAACACGAUAUUUCAGCAGUGCAUCAACUACCUCGUCGAUGUUUACGGGCCCUUCGCAGCCAGUGCUGUCGCGGCGAACACCAUUCUUCGUUCCUUCAUGGCCUGCGGACUGCCUCUUGCCGCGAAGCCAAUGUUCGACAGUCUAGGAGUCGGCCCAGGUGCAUCUGUGCUGGGCGCUGUUGCCGCCCUUGCCUUACCUGUUCCGUUCAUCUUUCGCCGGUACGGAUUGAAGUUGCGGAAGAUGUCGAAAUUUGCGCCUGUAGAGGAGGAUUGA